CUUGAUACCUUUCUCUCCCUAACCCGUUGCCUUACCGGCAGCUUGGCGUGUUCCGUCGUCGCCUACGGGACCUCCAAGGAGCUGCUUGACCCUAUUGGCCUUCACCCAGCCCUAUGACGCUCGUCCUCUAACUCAAUGUUGGUCCUGAGUGGUCCUCCUCCGUCGCUUCCGGCGCCCUCCUGAUCGACUCCAACGUGAAGAAAGGGACUCACGCGGAGGUAAAGCUACUGACCUCCGCCCAACCACCGCCGCUUCCUCCUCCACUCCAAGAUUCAAUUUUUAUGCCUCCUCGAGUCGAUUGCUCCUGUAAAAAUCAAAUUUUGAGCUUCUUAAUUCUUCCCCACGCCCAACUCCCUUUCCAAACUCGGAAGAGCACAGGGUGGAGCUCGCUAGACGAGGAGCGAAGAAGGUGUGCAGGAAGGUGGAGGAGGACGUGGGAACUUUUUUACUGUACUGCUCUUGCAAGGAUACUGUGCCAGAAACUCCAAGAGACUCUCCAGACGCAAGAACUUGGUCCAUGCAAAGGAUGAGGAAUGAACAGCUCGCAUCUAGCUCCCUUCAUCACAAUGAGGAAAGGCUUUAGGAUGAGCCAAAGUGGCUUCUUGCUUUGUUUGCUCUUCUUCCUGCCCUGCUCUGUGUUUGGGGAGGAUCCUUACAGGUUCUUCACUUGGAAUGUGACUUACGGUGUCGUCUCCCCUCUCGGUUGCGAGCAGCAGGGAAUUUUGAUCAAUGGCCAGUUUCCAGGGCCACAGAUUGAGGCAGUCACCAAUGAUAACCUCAUUGUCAAUGUCUUCAACUUCUUGCCCGAGCCCUUCCUCAUCUCUUGGAACGGAGUGCAACAAAGAAGGAACUCGUGGCAAGACGGUGUUUACGGCACCAAUUGCCCCAUUCCAUCGGGCAGCAACUUUACAUAUAAAAUGCAAGUGAAGGACCAAAUAGGUAGCUUCUUCUACUUCCCUUCCCUUGCCUUUCACAAGGCGGCUGGCGGCUACGGCGGCCUUAGGAUCUCGAGUCGGCCGAUGAUCCCGGUGCCAUUUGAUCCUCCAAAAGCCGACUACACUCUCUUGAUUGGUGAUUGGUAUACGAUGAAUCACUACGACUUGAAGAAGAUAUUAGACGAUGGCAAGGACCUUCCUUUCCCCGACGGUGUCCUAAUUAACGGUCGACAAUCGACCUCGACCUUUAUGGUAGAGCAAGGCAACACAUAUCGACUCCGAAUCUCAAAUGUGGGAAUCGCGACGACAUUGAACGUAAGGAUCCAAGGACACAAGAUGUUGCUUGUCGAAGUGGAAGGCUCGCACACCAUCCAGAACACUUACGACUCGCUCGAUGUGCAUUUGGGUCAAUCUUACUCGGUCCUUGUCAAGGCCGAUCAGCCGCCACUUGAAUAUUACAUCGUCGCCUCGACUCGGUUCACCAACACUGUGCUAGUCGCCACCGCCAUUCUCAGCUAUAGCAACGCCACCGGAGGGCCGGUCGGCCCAAUUCCGGCUGGGCCCACGGUCGAGCUCGAUGUUUCGCUUAAUCAAGCGAGAACAAUUAGGUGGAACUUGACGGCAAGUGCGGCGAGACCUAACCCUCAAGGAUCAUACCGCUACGGCCAAAUCAACGUAACCCGAUCCGUUUUGCUCGCGAACUCCGCACCCGUCAUCGGCAAGAAACAGCGAUAUGCUGUUAACGGCGUCUCGUUCGUUCCAGCCGACACACCGUUAAAGCUUGCGGAUCACUUUAACAUAUCCGGAGUGUUUAAACUCGGGAGCAUGCCCGAUAACCCGAAACCCGGGCCUGAACAUCUCGACACGGCCGUCAUGGACUCAAAUUUUCAUGAUUUCUUUGAAAUUAUUUUCCAGAAUAAUGAAAAUAGCGUGGUGACGUGGCAUAUCGACGGCCAUUCGUUUUGGGUCGUCGGAAUGGAUUGGGGAAAAUGGACUUCGGCAAGCAGACGAGAAUACGAUUUGGGGGACGCAGUCUCUCGUUGCACAGUUCAGGUGUACCCUAAGGCGUGGUCUGCGAUCUACGUGUCCUUGGACAAUGUGGGGAUGUGGAAUAUUCGAUCGGAGAAUUGGGCUCGUAGCUACUUGGGCCAACAAUUCUACCUCCGCGUCUACACUCCUUCGCAAUCGCCUAGAGAUGAGUUACCCAUCCCCAGCAAUGCCUUGCUUUGCGGUGGUGCCGUGCAAUUUUAAUGCGCUCGAUAUGAACGAUCGAUCACCGUAGGUCAUUGGAUACUUGUUACGUUACAAUGCGAUUGUCUACUAAGUAAAUGUUGAUUUUUUAAAUAAAAUCUCUUAACUAUCAAGAGAUAUUUAGUUUGAAAUAGUUGUAAUAUUAUUAUUCCUUAGGGAUGAAUGGCAAAAUUU